AUGAAGAGCAAGCACUGUAUUUGGGUUGAAGAUCGACAAGUAAAAGAGGCCAAUUUUUCUUCUUUUUUUGAGCAAAGCCAACUCAAAAGAUGCUUGGGAGACAAAUCAUUAGGGCACAAUUGGAAAAAACUUGAAAAGGAAGUUGAAAUUUUCAGGGAGAGAAUUGAAGACAUGGAAAUGAAGAGAGAGCAAAGCAAUGAGAUUUUGUCUAAAUGCUUGGAGUCUCUUUCAUCAGAAAAUGUGAGCUUGGAAAGGAUCAUAAAAAAUGUGGCUGUAGAAAAAACUGAUGAUGAUGAUGAUGGCAAGUUCAUUAAAGGCAUAGAAAAGAGUGAUUCAAUGCGUUUGGAAUUGGAAUUGACUGAAGAGCUAUUGGUAGUUACAAGACUUGCUUCUGAGGCUGAAGAGAAGGUGAAUGAGUACAAAGAAUUGAGGAAGAAGGAGAAGAGGGAGUUGGAGAAUAGUGUGGUGAGUUUGACAGAGGAGAAUAGAGAUACCAACAGUUUGAUGAGAGCAGCCUUGUUGGAGAAGGAAGCUGUGGAGAAGAGGUUGAAGGUGAAUAGCGAGCAGAAGAGAGUUGCCCUUUUGCAGAUUGCGGAGCGAGGUUUGCAGAGAGUUGGUUUUGGGUUUAUGAUGGGAAGUGGGAACACUGAGCAAUCACUACAGAGUUUUUCAGGAGCCAAGUCAGAUAGCAGUGAGUGUGAAGAGGAUGCAAUAUUUCGUAACUGUUUUUAUUCGUAUCUAUUAGAUUUUGCUGAUUUUUGGUGGAUUGGAGAUCUAGACAUAUAUGUAAUUAAGAUAGUGGGGUUGUUGAAAAUAUAUAGAAGUUUCCAGGAUUUUGAUGAGGCAUCAACUGUGGAGAGGAUAAUGAAGAAUUUACGGCUUGAGAUAACUAAGUUGAGGCGAUCUUUGGAAGAAUCCAGCACUAUGCCCAGGUCAGACACCGAUUGCAGAGUCUUACAGAGAAACAAGCUCAAAUUAUUGAAGAAAACAAGUUAUACAUCAAGCACAGCAGCAGUAGUGGCAGCGGCGGCGGCGGCAGCAGCAGCAGCGGCAGCAACAGCAGCAGUGGCAGCGGCGGCGGCUGCGGCGGAGGCAGCAGCAGCGGUGGAGGCGGCGGCAGCAGCAGCGGUGGCAGCGGCGGCGGCAGCAGCCGCGGCCGCAGCGGCAACAGCAGCAGCGGCAGCGGCAGAAGCAGCAGCGGCAGCAGCAGCGGCGGCAGCAGUGGCGGCGGCAAAGGCAGCAGCGGCGGCGGCAAAGGCGGCGGCGGCGGCAGCGGCAAAGGCGGCGGCGGCAGCGGCGGCAAAGGCAGCGGCGGCGGCGGCAGCGGCGGCGGCAGCGGCGGCGGCAGCGGCGGCGGCGGCAGCGGCGGCAGCAGCGGCGGCGGCAGCGGCGGCGGCAGCAGUAGCAGUAGCAGAAAUAGAAUAA